UUUGUCUCAAACAAACCUAAUGUGGGACACUUGGAGUUUGCUAUUUUUCCACAAAAUACUCCAAAAGUCAAAAUAUAACAACCAUAGAAAAAUUGAUUCAAUCAAGCUUGAAACUAUGAUAGGAAAGCUUCCAAAUUUGAUCAUAUCAACGGUUCAAAAUUUGAUGGAAGUUCUAUAAAUGGGAAUGGAUGAUAAACUUCACAAUAAAGAAAAAUAUUAAUAAUAUUAGAGCUCUGAAGCAUAAUAUAAGAAACCCAAAAUGUCUCUGGGUUGCAUUACACCUUUGGCUUCCGCCAUGGUUGGAAUGAGGUUACCACUUCAUAAGCCUCCUCCUAUUCACCAUAACCCUUUCACCAAACUAUACCCAUCACGCCGCAGAGUAGCUCAAAUUCCAAUCAAUAUGGCGUUUAUUACCACUGAUGAACAAGGCAUCACACGCCGCAUUGGCAAUCAUCACCCCAACUUGUGGGAUGAUGAUUUCCUUCAAUCCCUCCCUAAAUCUUAUGACGCUCCCUGUUAUGGUGAACGUGCUGAGAAGGUGAUUAAGGAGAUCAAGGGAAUGUUCAAUGCCCUUCCUCUGCACUCUUCAUCUGCAGACGAUCUGUAUAAACGUCUUUCAAUGGUAGACGAUUUAGAACGCCUUGGAAUUGACCGCCAUUUCCAAACUGAAAUAAAAGCAGCUCUUGACUAUGUUUACAGGUAUUGGGAUGAUAUGAAUGGCAUUGGGUGUGGUAGAGAGAGUCCUUGCACGGAUCUGAACACCACAGCCUUGGGUUUCCGAAUUCUUCGCCUGCACAGAUAUGGCGUCUCUUCAGGUGUGUUGCAGCAGUUCAAAAGUAAAGAUGGACAAUUUUUGUAUUCAAAUAAUCAAUCAAAUGAAAAGGAUCUAAGAAGUAUUCUAAAUUUAUUUCGAGCUUCACUUAUUGCAUUUCCUAAGGAGCAAGUUUUGGAUGAUGCAAAAUCCUUUUCUACUGCAUAUUUAAAACAAGCUCUACCAAAUAUCAAUAAUACUAAUCUUUCAAAAGAGAUAAAAUUCAAUCUAGAGUAUGGUUGGCACACCAAUGUGCCUAGGUUGGAAGCAAGGACAUAUAUUGACAUAUAUGGAGAUGUCAAGACUAGCAACAGUAUUUUCAACUCAAAACUUUUAGAACUAGCAAAGUUGGACUUUAAUAUGAUCCAAUCAAUUCAACAACGAGAGCUUCAAAUUCUCUCAAGAUGGUGGACAGAGUCUGGCCUAGGUAAACUAGAGUUUGCUCGCCAUCGUCAUGUGGAAUUUUACUUUUGGGCAGCCGGAGGGUGUAUUGAGCCGAAAUAUUCUACAUUUAGAAUUGGGUUUGCAAAGAUGGCUACAUUUGUCACUUGUUUGGAUGAUAUUUAUGACACUUAUGGAACUCUGGAUGAGCUUAAAGUCUUCACGGAAGCCAUAAAGAGGUGGGAUUUUGCAUCCUUAGAAGGACUUCCAGAAUUUAUGAAAUUGACAUUCAAAGUGUUUGAUGAGGGAUUGAGGGACAUGGCUCGAGAGGCUGAAAAAACUCAAGGCAGAGACACACUUGACUAUGCGCGUAAAGCUUGGGAAGUUUACAUAGAUGCUUACUUUCAAGAAGCAAAGUGGCUUGCUAUGGGCUAUAUGCCAUCUUUGGAGGAAUAUUUAGAGAAUGGAAAAGUAAGCUCCGGGGCUCGUGUUGUAACCUUACAACCUAUACUCUCAUUAGAUGUGCCCCUUUCUAGUGAUGUUAUUAAAGAAAUUGAUUAUCCAUCAAGGUUUGAUGAGCUUUUAUGCUUAACCCUUAGAUUAAGAGGCGACACAAAGACUUUCAAGGCUGAAGCAGAUCGUGGAGAAGUAGUAUCAUGCAUAACAUGUUAUAUGAAAGAUCAUCCUGGAUCUACUGAAGAAGAUGCAUUGGAGUAUCUCAAUUCUUUAAUUGAUGAAAAUCUCAAAGAAUUAAAUUGGGAAUAUUUAAAACCUGAUAGUGUUCCCAUAAUCAGCAAGGAUCAUGCAUAUGUUUUAUCAAAAGGUCUACAACUUCUCUACAAAGAAAGAGAUGGAUUUAGUGUCUCGGGCAUUGAUACAAAGAAUCUUAUCACCAAAACUAUGAUUGAACCAGUGCCUAUGUGACUUUUUAACUAGGUUAUAUAUGUUAUCAAGAAUAGUGUUCUUCUAUAUAUUCAAUCUAUUGUAACGGAUAUGGUUAUUAAUUAUCUAUGUACGCAAUGGUUACACACUUGAGUGUGUUACUAAAAUAAUAGUUUUCUUUCAAAGCGUAUAUAUCUAGAUAUGAUUUUCAUGGGCAUUUUUCCCAUGCUAGUAUA